UCCAUCUCAUGUCAUCAUCGUCGGAUAGUUGUAACUCUCGCCACUUUUCAUGGCUUAUGAAAUCUUGUUUUCCCGAUCCCCAUCACCACCUCCACCUCCACCAUCCUCAACCGUGUUCCACCGCCGCCCCCACUACCACCUGUACUGCCACCACCAUUUCUUCCCUCCCAGAUGAUCUUCUUCUAGAAUGCCUCGCUAGAGCCUCUCACUCCUCACUCCCUUCUCUCCCUUUCGUCUGCAGGAGAUGGGCCCACCUCCUAGAUUCCAAAGAUUUCCAUUCUCUCCGGCGACAUCAUAAUCUCCUCCACUUUACACUCUUCUCCGUUUCUAUCCACAACUCCACCCUUUUCACGGCUAGCCACCGCUUGGAUUUUGAUUCAUCGUGGAGAGUUUCGUCUUUUCUGCCCUCUGACGAUGCCGUCACGCAACAUGGGUCGCUGCAUUCGUUGUUUUCUCAUUCCAGAGUGGCAGCUAUUGGCCGGAAAAUCUACAUAAUUGGCCGGACGGCGAUGCUUCGGUGUGACACGUGGACCGGGACACUAGUCCCGAAACCAGGAAUGCUCGUCCAGAGGAAGAAAUUCGCAGUCGGUGUCCUUGGCGGGAAAAUCUACGUCGCCGGCGGGUGUUCGAGAUCCGCUGAAGUGGAGGAAUAUGACCCAUUGGAGAAUUUGUGGCGCGUGGUCUCCCACGCGCCGAGAAGGAGAUAUGGGUGCGUUGGCGCAGCCGUGGAUGGCUUGUUUUACGUGAUUGGUGGGCUGAGGAUAGGUAAUUCAGGGAAUGAAUGGUUGAGCUUGUCCUCAUGGGCCGCCGGUGCUGAGGCGGUGCAUCUUUACGCCAGCUCAAUGGAUGUGUAUGAUGUGGCGGCGCGUUCAUGGCUGAGGAGCCGGUCAGUGCCAGGAGGCGGCUGUGUGGUGGCAGCUUGUGCCGCAGGCGGACACGUCUAUGUGCUUUCAAGCCAUGCAGUGGAGCUCUCAUUCUGGAGAUUCAAUGGCAUACGAAACAGUAGUAGCUUCGGAGAGUGGUGUAGGAUAAAGAGUCCGCCGCUACCGGCGCAGGUUAGACUCGACAGCUCGGUGAGGUUCUGCUGCAUCGGGGUGGGGGAAAAGGUGGUUCUAAUUCAAGUAAUGGGUUGCAUAGAUGACUUGUUGAGGAGGAGUGGGAGGAAUGAGAGGGGCUUAAAAGAAGGAUUGGUGUUGAUCUACGAUUGCACCGCCGGAGAGUGGAGUAGAGGGGCUGACUUGCCGGAAGUGAUCAGACGCGCCGCCUGUGUAUGUGUUGAGUGCUAAUUUAAUCUGCGCCAAAGAAGGGCUACCAGAUUCCUGCUACUCUACGACUAAGAGAUGCGCAUUGGCUCACGAGUCUUCUCGUUUGUGUAUGGAGCUUUUGACCAUUUGUGCUUUUUAGGAGAAAAAAAUGGAGCUAGGGAACUUGGUCUGAAAGCAUGGGAAUCACCAGUUACCACAUUGAAGUAUUCAAAAUAUUUUUUAGCCAAAUUGGUACAAAUUGACUAUUCUUUCCUUUUCUUUUGUAUUUUUUUACCUUGCUUGGGUUUUUGGGGUGCUGAGAAUGAAUGGUUUAUAGGGGUAUAUACCACAUUGGAAUUCCAUUUUUGAGUUGGGAAGAAAAAAACAAGAAUUGAAGGAAGGUGAUGAUAGGGUGUGGGAAGAUCUAGGAGGGGAAUCUGGAUUGUGGAGUGUAUCUAGGGAUGGAUUGGUGGAAUGGGAUUAAGCAUUAAACUAUUGAUUAUUUUUUUUUCUUUGAAAACUUAAACUAUUGAUUUGGUAGGUGAUGGGAGGUGGAUUAGUAGUCAAAAUUCUUAGUCACUUGUUUGUUCUUUUGCUAAUGUGGUAUUUGUCAAAUCUGACAAACAUAAAUGAAAAAGAAGACAGCAAUUUGUUAGUAGUAUAUUCUGACAGCUUCUUGGAAGCAUUCUAUGUAUAACUUAGUGUUGUCUAUUCAUCCCAUUGUAGUUAAUUCUCUAUUUCUUGGCUUGAGAGAAUAAUGUGUUUGUA